AUGAGUUCGAACAUCACUUCGAUAAACUCCAUACCAUCAACGCUCAAGGAACGGGAAGUUAAAGCUGACCCAGAGUGGACAAACUCGCUAACGCAUGGAAAAGUAACUAUCGAAAGCCCUGACCUUCUUAUUAUUUCCUCAGUCCACAAAUUCCUCUCAUAUGAUCUGGUUGCAAUGAAUACCGCAGUGGUAAAAUCUCUAGCAGAUUGCUUGACGAAAGCUUACAGAGAUGCCGAAAGACUGGGGAAUUCCCAGAUUGAUCUUGAUUUCUUUCAGAAUACCCACGUCACAACAUGUGUUGUUGAAUUCUAUAGAGCUCUCCCAGCUGGAAUUAGAUCGGCUACAAAAACACCGCGCCUUAACAGAAAUCGACGGCCAAUUACCCUCGCCGCGCAACUUCUGCCUUUCUUUGAGGCGUGGAAGGUAGACCCAUCGUCAUUCUUUACACUGGAUUCUAUACAUACGGGCCAAUGCCCUCUAAGUAAAAUUUACGGGAUAUUGGCUCAAACGGAAGAACAUCACAAAAGCGAUUAUGUCCGUUUAAGGCUUCUUUAUGUUGUUUUCUCUUUAAUCAAGGAAAAGUUCGAGCGUUGCCGACUACGAGGUGGCACUCUUGACAGUUAUGCGGCAACUAUUCAGCACUCCGGCAUUGUUCAUUCUACCCUUGAAGAGGUCAAGACGAAUCUAGGCAUCUGGGCUAGCAAAGGGGAUAAAUACAAGUCUCUUGCUUUAGAAUUGGGAGGCUAUGGUAACCUGUUCCUUCUUCCCGACACUGGGUCAGUCUGGGAACACAAAACACCGAAAGAUGGCGAAAGACGUUUGGAGAGAAUUGAAAAGCUCAAAGAACAAGGUAUUAAUACUGAGGCUAUUCGAAUCGGUGCUCAUGGCGUUGCCCAGGCUAUAAUCAAUUAUAUGGUUACGCAAAUACCCGUCCAGGUAGCAUACCAUGAUACCAUGCAGCAGCUGCCCAGCUUAUCUGACAGACAGCUGAUAUUUGACUCUAAUACAUGGGCGCAUGACAACGACGCGGAGCGGCUACCUUCUGUGCCUCAAUAUUUUACCUCUGAUACAUGGGCGUAUAACCACAGCACAGAACAACUACCGUCUAUGUAUGCCUCUGAUACAUGGGCGUAUAACCACAGCACAGAACAACUACCGUCUAUGUAUGCCUCUGAUACAUGGGCGUAUAACCACAGCACAGAACAACUACCGUCUAUGUAUGCCUCUGAUACAUGGACGUAUAAUCAUGACACAGAACAGCAGCCGUCUAUAAAUGCCUCUACCUCAUGGGCGUAUAGCCAUGGCACAGAGCAGCCAUCUCCUAUGUAUGCCUCCAAUGCUUGGGCAUAUGGCGAUAUAACACAGCAGCUGCCAACCUCAUCCAUACCCGCAUGGGCAUAUAGUUAUCAGAAUCCUAUGGUCUCUGUCUAA